UUGCUGAGUAUAUAUAUAUAUAUAUAGCUCUUAAGGGUUUUCACAUCAGCUCAGUGAUCUACUGGUGUGAAUUAUAAAAUAAAAGGUUGUAACAGUUGAACACUUCUGCCAUCAGAGGACCCACUUACAGUGUAUGAUGGAAUGUAGAAGAGCAACUGGAAAGCUGCCAGACAGGUUUGACGGCGACUAAUUCAGGUUCUUAGGAUGCGGCCUCAGCACUAUAAAGAAACAGCAGGACCGAGUGCAGGUCUGGAUGGCUGCCGCUGCUUCAUCACAGCAGGUAAUGAGGUCACAGGGUUGCUGACAACAUAGCAAAUGCAGGCUUAGUGUGGACUCUUCUCUGCUGGUGAGUGAGCUGCUGUUUGAUUCCUUCUACUAUUUCAAAUGUAUGGCUAAUUGGAGUUGUUAGUUCUAACAAUGUUGCUGUUUGCCGAUUCUACAAACCAUUAAUGUGUUUUCACUUAAAAUCUGUUCGGGAGAAGAGGAGUAGGACAUGUGGGGACUGCAGAAGAAGCAGUCGGCAUGUCUGAACUGCUCCAUGAUCUUUGGUGUAAGUGAUGGAAGAUGCUCACAUACACAGUCGGACACACGCUAGCCUUCACAUGUUCUUUCUUUAGCAAACAGAAUAUUUUACUAGAAGAUGUCCACCCAGGCUACUAAAGGCAUUCAUAUUGAAUAUUUUAGUCUUCCUGGUAUAUACAAAUAAAUACAGUGGAAAGUGACCACCUGAUGACAUUAAGGGUGUUGCGGCAAAAAUUCCAGUGACAUGUCACAGGGGCAAAUCAGAGGUCAAAGCAAGUGAGAUUUCAGUCUGGGAUGGACACCUGCUCUACCUAAAGCUAAACAUACAAAAUGUUAUUUGUGACUGGGUUUAGACUUAUCUGAGACAGACAGCGCUCAGCUUUUCUCUUCACCUAUUUCAGAUCUUUUGUUGAUCCAGGAUACCCUGUAACUGACAUUCUGAUCAGACGUUGAGCUUGCACCUUCCAAUGGGUCACACUAGUUCUAGUCCAACUGAAAAAUCAAGUCCAACAUUUCCUAAGAAAGGAAGACACAAUGAAGACAUCACUGCUCUGUCCGGUCUACAAACUCAACCUGCGGCUUUCAUGUCUGAAGACCCAGUUCUGAGACUCCAAAAUGAAGUGUGCAGUCUGAACUCACAAAAAAAUAAAGGUUUGAAAGAGAAGUUUUCAGAAGUUUUAAAAACAUUACCCCAUGAAGAUCUCCUCAAAAUCACUCUUUUCUACAAGGCCCAGCUUGUGUAUGUGAUUGAAUACGACACUGAUGCCAUUCUGCAGAACCUGGUCACCAAACACAUCCUCAGCCACGAUGAGGCGAAGAGGUUUAAAGCCAAAGAAAAGUCUAAUGGGGCUGCAGGUGUAGAGUUUUUCAUUGGUGAUAUGAUGAAGAAGGACAGAGAGGUUCUGGUCAGUCUAUGGAUGGCAUUAGCAGAAGAGCUUGCGAGAUUUCCAUCCCAGACCUUGACAAGAAUACUGGAAGAGCUGGCAGAGGGAGGACCGGACAUCUUGAAUGACAUUCAGUCCAGUCUCGUGUCCCAUCACAUUAAGACUCAUAUUAAAGAUCUCCAGUUGGCGCACAGAAGAUUUCAAUUUGAAUCAUCAAGAACUCCCAGGGGUCCACAAAUCAGAGCUACAACAUUUAAUACUCAAUACACACAGUUGAUAGUCAUUGAAGAGGAGAGAGAAUCCCUUACAAAGGCUCAGCAAGACUUUCCAAAAACCUUAGGGACUCAUGCAGAGCUGGUGGAAGAGCAGACCAAACAAAAAUAUAAGCAAAUCUGGAUUGAGCAGCUGUUCAGAAAGAGUCCUGGACUCAAGUCUUCCCCACACCUUGCUGUGGUCAGUGGAGUGCCUGGAAUUGGAAAGACCACCAUGGUACAAAAAAUUCUGUUUGACUGGGCCAGAGGUGCAGAGUAUCAAAAGUUUGCAUUUGUGUUCCUGUUUAAAUUCAAAGAGCUGAACCUUCAGGAAAAUGAGAAAGAGCCCAAGAUCUCACUGACGAAGCUGAUUGUGAGGCACUAUAAACAUCUUGACGAUGUGAGACUGAAAGAAAUCCUGCUGAGGCCCAAGUCUCUCCUCUUUAUAUUUGAUGGGCUGGAUGAGUACAAACACAAACUGGACUUCACCCGGAGGAAGCUCUGCUCCAACCUUGAAGACUGCUUCCCCGUUCACGUCCUGAUCACCAGUCUGAUCAGACGGAAGUUACUGAAGGGCUCAUCCAUUUUGAUCACGAGCAGACCAGGGGUCCUGGAACCCUUUAAUAAGACAAGAGUUGAUCGGUUUGCAGAGAUCCUAGGGUUCUUCACUGAACAAAAGCUGAUGUACUUUAAGAAGAUCUUUGGAGAAGUUGAUCUGAGAGCUGAGGCUUUCCAAUAUGUGAAGGAGAAUGCCUCCCUCUACACCAUGUGCUUCAAUCCUUCCUACUGCUGGUUCACCUGUUUGGUGCUGAAGGACCACUUCACUAAAUCCAAAGAGGACAGAGGAGCUGCCCCCAAAACUGCCACUGAGCUCUUUGUGAUGUUCCUUUACAAUAUCCUCAUCAAACAUAAAAAAGAAGCUGAUGACAAGCGAGGGAUUCUGGUAAAACUAGGAAAGAUGGCUUAUUAUGGAGUGGACAAUGGGAUCCAUGAAUUUUAUCAGACGAUGGAGAUGUCUGCCUUUGGCCUCCAGCCAUUCUUGUCAUCUCAUUUCCUUAAAGGAAUUCUGAAGAGGCAAAGCCCCCUUGACCAGAAGGCCUUCAAAUUUGUCCACUACAAUUUGCAGGAGUUCAUAGCUGCCUGCUCUGUCUUCCUCGACCCAUCAGUUGAAAUCCAAGAACUUCUUAAGAAGCUGCAGUCCCGUAAAGAUGGGCGGUUUGAAGUUAUUACACGAUUCCUCAUAGGACUGUCCAGGCCUUCAGUAAUUAAACCACUACAGGAAAUCCUUGGUGAUUUUGAACGUAAGCCAGCAGUGCAAAUUAUGACAUGGGUGAAGCAGAAAGCUGGUCAAGCUCUCCAAGGUGAAGAUAAAAGUAAAGCAGUGAGAGUGUUGCAGUGGCUCUAUGAGUACCAGAGUAAAAAAUCAGUAAGAGAUGUUAUUGGGAAGAAUUUAACUCUGGAUAUCAGAGGCACCAUAUUAUCUCCUCUAGACUGUGCUGGGCUGAGCUAUGUCAUCAGCUGCUGUGGACAUCUUGAAGAGCUUAACCUGUCAGGAGUAAAUCUCACCACACGUUGCACCAGGAGACUGGCUGAAGGUCUCAGCCGCUCUAGACACGUCCGGCUGGUGUCCUGUGGUCUGACCUAUAAAUGUUGUGAGACACUCUCCUUGGCUCUGUGUGUACAAGACUCAUACCUGACAGAACUGGACUUGACUGACAAUAAACUGAGAGAUUCUGGGGUGCAUCUUCUGUGUGAAGGGAUGAAGAACCCACUCUGUAAAUUAGAGAAGCUGUGGCUUGUAUCGUGUGGUCUCACCUCAGGAUGCUGCACUGCUCUCUGCUCGGCUCUUUCUUCAGAACAUUCCCACCUGACUGCCCUGUGGCUGGAAGGCAACAAACUGGGGGAUUCAGGAAUUCGUCUCCUGUGUGACGGGCUGAGGAACAGAAGCUCGAAAUUGAUGAUAUUUUAUUAAGGAAUCAAUGAGGUAAGAGUGCAAAGAGGAGCCUGAAUUCACUUGAGUAGCCGAACAAAUCAAAAUGAUGGCUGAAGAAAACUGCGCCAGCAUUUGAUUGGAGGCAGAACCUCCUGUCAACUCGCAUUCCCUGAAGACCUGUAAGCAGCUCUGCUUGAACAUUUUUUGAAAUCAUUCACCCCUGCACUUCAGAACAAUUGAAUAACAUCGCAAGGGCAGUGGAUGAGGCAGAAUUGACUUUUCAGCUUAUUGGCGAUCAACUAAAAUUUACACAGUGUGCAAGUACGUAUAUAUGCAGGAAGGCUGUCCCAACAAAUUUCAAUUAAAAUUAACAGGAGGUGUCUGUAAAUUAUUGUGAAGUUAAUUUGAAAUACUGGGAUAUCAAGGAACAUAUGCAACUGGCCCAAACAAUUGCAUUAUGUGCUGAUGGGAGUUGUUUUUUUGUAACAGUGGUCCAUUACUGGAUUUUGUGUGGUGAAGAAAGCAGGUAAAAAUUGUAUAUGAAAACAAUGAUUUUGAAAAACUAAAAAAAUGGCAUUAGUUUGUGGGAAAAGGUUAGGAGUGAUGAUAAGGAGGAGGAAGGAAUCAGAUUCGUACAAAUGCUUGUUUCUGGAAUACCAUCAGUACUUAUCUUCAAGUCAGAGUGACCCUUUAUUGUGUGUGCCCUCUUUAAAUGCCAAUUAGAGAAAGAAAACUUAUAGCACUGAUGUAAACUGGAUUGAAAACAAAUAGCAGUAGCAGACCACUCAUUUCUGUUAAUCAAUAGCAGACAAGACCACAGAGAAUAGUCUAUGUCCUUUGAGUGAGACAUGAAUGCUCAGCAAUGCAUCAGAAGGUGUGAGCAGAUGUCCAUCAAGCACUGGCAAAACAUUUAGGCCUUACACUUACAUUCAGGUGUCCAUUUUAUGAACCUUUUUAUUCCACUUCAGGGUCACAGGUGAAACUCGUAAUUUUACUUUAAACUCGAGAAAUAUCACUAGGCCUUGUUCCAAAUCGUCACCGGAGCUUAGCCGUUACUGUACAUGAGACCCUGGCUGCAGACAGCAGUGUCACCAUUCAGUGUUCUUUUUUAUUAAUAUUAUAAAAUGGAGAACUUUAAAAUUUAUCUUGAGGUAUCUGAGAUGAAUCAAUCCAUAAUGCAGUUGUGAUAUUCAGGAUAUCUUUUUAUUUUGAUGAACAGAUUCUUAACAUUGCUUUUUGUUAAUUUAUUUCUGUCAGGGUAGUGUGAGCAGAGCAAGGCUGGAUGAUGAGGUAGCCAAAAGCACACCGAUUCUGUGCAGAAUACAAUUUUGCUUUUCUCUUUCCCAUUGCCUGCUGGUCUUAUCCUAACAUAUUCAUCAUUUUCGAUUUAAUCGUUAAAACUUAAUUGCAGUAUGAACCUAGCUUAUCACAGUAAGUUUAUAUACAAUAUAUUUAUACAUGUGGUGUUUGCAUUUUGAUUUUAACAUUACUGUAUUUUUACUGUAUUUAACUGAACUUUACUGCAUUUGUACAUCUGCAUAGUUCCCUAAAUGUGUUAAUCAAAUUAAUCUGCUACAUGCAGUCACACUUUUAUUUUCUAUUGUGUAUGUACUGUAAUUCAGUGUGUUUGAUGGUGGAUGUUCUUUGUUACAAGAUUUCUAUAUUUCUUGAGCUUCUGUAAAAGUUCAUUUAUCCCUGGGAACAAAUACAAUUAAAUGUAUGUAUCUAUCUCUGUUUCUGUCAUAUAAUGCCUUUUCAUAUCUGUCUAUCUAUCUAUAGGGCUACUGGAAAGAGUUGACAAAUUUAAAUAUCUAGGUAGAUAGACCGAGAUGGAAAAUUAAAUGCAGAGAUAACCCUUAGAGUGAAGUGUGGACAGAACAAUUAGAAGAAGGUAUCAGGAGUAUUAUGUGUUUAAAGAAUUAAGGCAAAGGUUACAGGUGUUUAAGACCAGCAGUGAUGUAUGGUGCUGAGAAAUGGGCAGUAAAGGGAGCACAGCAGGAGAAGAAGUGCGAUGUGACAGAAAUGAGGAUGUUGAGAUGGAUAAGUGGAGCUAUAAAAAAAAAA